AUGGCCCCGGCCCGCUUAAAGGCGGCGGGCGGGCAGGGCCGGGAGCCGGGGCAGCGCCGGAGCACCGCCGGAGCAGCCGCCGGCGCGAAGAUGCCCCGGGGCUUCCUGGUGAAGCGUAGCCGGCGGCCCACCCCCGUCUCCUACCGGGCGCGCUGCUGCCGAGAGGCCGCCGCCGGCCCGCCGCUCCCCUCCGCCGGCCCGCCGGCAGCCUGCCCUGUCGCUCCGCCGCCCGACUCGCCGCCGGUGCCCUUCGGGACGCCCGAUGCCUCCGUGCAGGCGCUGUACAGCCCCACGCGGCCCGUCAGCAGGGACAAGUACCUGGAGCGUGGCUUCAGCCUGGGCUCGCCUGUCUCCGCCGAGUCCUUCCCCGCCCCGGCCGUGCCCGGCACCAUGGACCCGCUCCUCUUCGCCCCGGCCGAGCUCAAGCUCUGGGCCGCCGCCGCCGGCCACGCCGAACCCCCCGCUGGCCCUGGCGGAGCCCCGGCCGCCCCGGCCGCCCCGGCCGCGCCGCCAGCCUCGGGCCGUCCCCCUCCUGCCAAGCGGCCGCCGGGCGCCGGGGAGCCCGGCCGGCAGAAGGCCCCGUCGGGCAAGAAGGCGAAGGCGAUCCGCAAGCUGACCUUCGAGGACGAGGUGACCACCUCGCCCGUGCUGGGGCUGCGCAUCAAGGAGGGCCCGGUGGAGGCGCCGGCCAAGGCGCGGGGCGGCUGCGCCCGGCCGCUGGGCGAGUUCAUCUGCCAGCUUUGCAAGGAGGAGUACGGGGAUCCCUUCGCCCUGGCCCAGCACCGCUGCUCCCGCAUCGUGCGGGUGGAGUACCGCUGCCCCGAGUGCGACAAAGUCUUCUCCUGCCCCGCCAACCUCGCCUCCCACCGUCGCUGGCACAAGCCGCGUCCGCCCGCCGCCAAGGGCGGCCCCGAGACGGGUCGGGCCCCGGCGGAGGAGCCGCCGAAGGAGGCGGGGGGCGGCAGCGGGGGCAGCGGCAGCGAGCGGGACACGCCGAGUCCCGGCGGCGGCUCGGAGGCGGGCUCCGAGGAGGGGCUCUUCGAGUGCCCGCGCUGCGCCAAGCGGUUCCGCCGGCAAGCCUACCUGCGCAAGCACCUGCUGAGCCACCCGGCACCAGCACCGGCAGCCGCCCCCGAGCCCGCUGCCGAGGAGCCACCCGCCCCGCCGCCCGCCGAGUGCCGGCUGUGCCCGGUGUGCGGGGAGACCUUCCCCAGCAAGAGCAGCCAGGAGCGGCACCUCCGCCUGCUGCACGCCGCGCAGGUCUUCCCCUGCAAGUACUGCCCUGCCACCUUCUACAGCUCGCCCGGCCUCACCCGGCACAUCAACAAGUGCCACCCCUCCGAGAACAGGCAGGUCAUCCUGCUCCAGGUGCCGCUCCGCCCCGCCUGCUAG